CCGCGGCAAACUACGCCCGCCGUCGGUACAUGCCCGAGGCCGCACUGAACUGCGCAACAAACGGCCUGUGCUCACCGUCCCUAUGUUCGACAUGCUGCGCGUCCGCCCUAUUACAUUUUUCAAGCGUGCUUUCGAUGACUGCGCAAUCUGCCUUUGCGCGAUGAACGGGCAGGUGGUGCUGCUGCCCUGCAAUCACGCGUUUCAUAAAAUGUGCGCUAGGGGGUGGCUGCUGGAGCAGUCGGAGGAGUGUCCGCUAUGUAAACGGUCGGUUAGAGUUGCUUUGGGAAUUCUUGAGGCUCCGGAGGAAUUGGCUCCGGUGGAAUGUGAGAUUGGAGCAAGGCGGGUAGAGAGUUCUGUGUAGUCCUGUAGAAUGUCAAGUGUACCCAGUUUCUCAUUAUCUGCUCAGGAUAUGGAACGGGAGCUAGUUGUUUAGAGUACCGUCGUGUUUGUAGUGACGAUACCCAAGUGCAGCAUCCGGGUAGACAAACGUGCAGCCUGACAGAAGAUAAACGCCAUCUGUUG